AUGUCUGACAGGACCAAUAACAAUGAUCAAUCCCUUUGGCUUAAAUAAUAUUUACUUGCGCUUUUCCAUAUAAUUGGUUAAAAAACUUAUUUUAUAAAAUUAUCUAUUUCGACAACAGCGUCUAUUGUUUUGGAGGAAAGAAUAAAAUAGAUUUAACUCUAUCUCUUAGAUUUGAUUUGGAUCAAAAUCGGUGAAUUCAAUUAAUUCCUAUGCCACAAGCUGAUUGUUAUUUCAGUAGUAUAAUAUUUAAUAGAAAUAUUUUGAUUUCUGAUAUGAUAGCAGAAAUCUUUUGUUAUACUCAAUUGAUAUUGACUCUUUCUCAAUAA